UUUCCCAAUUGGGUUUUCUUUAAUCUCGUGAAUUAGAUCCAAUUUUGGAAAAUGGGUUCCUUUAAUUUUUGUUUUGUUUCGUCAUUUUCAGCGGAUUAUAGUUUCUGAACAAGAUACAUCGUAAUUCACAAAUGGGUUUCCCUAGGAAAAUUGAUUUUCAUAUUGAAUUGCAUAUUCUUUUACGGCCCUACUCUGUUUUCCCACAUACAUACAUUUUUAUACGUAUAAAGAUUUCUUUGGUGUAAUUGAUAAAAUUUUAUCAAUGUUUCGAUAAUUCUACGCAAUUGUUUGAUGGGUAUGUUUUGGAGCUACGUGCUUUUGCUUUUUUAUUCUUGGAUUGUUCUUUAUGAGUGGAUUAUUCAGAAGAAAAAUAGCUGAUUGGUAUACAGUGAUAAUUUAAUAAUAACAACUUAUCUUCCAGGUUAAGGAAUGAUUAAAUUAUCUACACACUGAAGAUAUAAAAAAUCAAUAUCUAUCUAUACAUGUGUAUGGAUGCAUAUAUCUAUGCUUUCUUUUUCAUAUGUUUUUGGCUUUUGCAUGGUUUAGCUUUGGUGCAAGAUUGAUUGCUUCAUUUUCUUGCCACUUUCCUGACUUAGUGGGUGAGAGGGCCCUCAUUUCAUUUAAGGGGAAAAAUUAUCAUAGGGGUUGGGACCAAUAUCAUGUGAAAAAUAUAAAGGCAAAGUGACAUGGAAAGUGCUAGUGUGUCGGCAGUUGCUUUAUGAUCUUCUAGUUUUCACAAGUUUUUCAAUUAGCUUUAAUAAUAAUCAAUAAGUUCUGGGAUCAUGAAGCACAAAGAUGGAAAACCAAUUUCUAGGCCGGAUAGAAGUUCUGGGGUAUUCCCCAUAGCAAUAUUGUUUGUUGUACUAUGUGGGUUUUCAUUCUAUCUUGGUGGCAUCUUCUGCUCUAACAAGGACGAAUAUGAUACCAAUGAUCUCACCAAAGUAGAAUCUCCCAAGGAAACCAUGGCUUUGUCUGGCCCUCUCCAAAUCAAGCCUGUUGCCUUUCUUGAAUGCAGCAUUGACUAUCAAGACUUCACUCCAUGCACAGAUCCAAGGAGGUGGAAGAAGUAUAGUCUUCAUCGGCUCUCUUUCUUGGAACGCCAUUGUCCUCCUUUAUUUGAAAGAAAGGAAUGCUUGAUUCCCCCACCAGAUGGGUACAAGCCACCAAUCACAUGGCCCAAGAGCAGGGAUGAGUGUUGGUACAGGAACGUGCCUUAUGAUUGGAUCAACAAGCAGAAGUCUAACCAGAACUGGCUAAGGAAAGAAGGGGAGAAAUUCCACUUCCCCGGUGGGGGUACUAUGUUCCCGAAAGGUGUUAGUGCCUACGUUGAUUUGAUGCGAGAUCUGAUCCCAGAAAUGCAAGAUGGGACCAUUCGAACUGCCAUUGACACUGGAUGUGGGGUUGCUAGCUGGGGAGGUGAUUUACUAGAUCGUGGAAUUCUAACAGUCUCCCUUGCCCCAAGGGAUAAUCAUGAGGCUCAAGUUCAAUUUGCUCUGGAACGUGGAAUUCCUGCAAUUCUGGGCAUCAUUUCAACUCAACGGCUUCCUUUCCCCUCGAACUCAUUUGAUAUGGCUCAUUGCUCAAGGUGUCUUAUCCCGUGGACAGAAUUUGGUGGGGUUUACCUUCUAGAAGUACACCGCAUACUUCGUCCUGGAGGCUUCUGGGUUCUGUCUGGUCCUCCUGUUAACUACCAAAACCGCUGGAGAGGCUGGAACACAACUGUGGAAGAACAGAAAUCCGAUUAUGACAAGUUGCAAGACUUGUUAACUUCAAUGUGCUUCACAAUGUAUAACCAAAAGGACGACAUUGCAGUGUGGCAAAAAUCUAAAGACAAUACUUGCUAUAGCAAGCUUUUUGGCCCAGAUGCCUACCCACCCAAGUGUGAUGAUGGCACAGAGCCAGAUUCAGGAUGGUACACUCCGCUCAGACCUUGCGUUGUUGUUCCAAACCCUAAGCUCAGAAAGCUAGCCCUGAAAUCAAUACCCAAAUGGCCCGAAAGGUUGAUUGUGGCACCUGAACGGGUCUCUGAUGUUCGUGGUGGCAGCGCUGGUGCCUUUAAGCUGGAUGACAGUACGUGGAAGGUGCGAGCGAAACACUAUAAGAAGUUGAUCCCCACGAUUGGAACGGACAAGAUUAGAAAUGUGAUGGACAUGAAUACAGUUUAUGGAGGUUUUGCUGCAGCCUUGAUUAAUGAUCCACUUUGGGUGAUGAAUGUUGUGUCUUCGUAUUCUCCCAAUACGCUUCCUGUUGUUUAUGACAGGGGCCUCAUUGGAACCUUCCAUGACUGGUGUGAGGCUUUCUCAACGUAUCCUCGAACAUAUGACCUCCUUCACCUUGAUGGCCUUUUUACUGCUGAAAGCCAAAGGUGUGAAAUGAAGUAUGUCCUCCUGGAGAUGGAUAGGAUCCUGCGGCCAUAUGGGUACGCAAUAAUCCGGGAGUCCAACUAUUACGCGGAUGCUGUCGCUAUCAUUGCCAGGGGGCUGAGAUGGAAUUGCCAUAAAGAAGACACCGAGAACGGUUCUGGAAAGGAAAAAAUCUUAAUUUGUCAGAAGAAAAUCUGGUAUGCCGGUAAGCAGAGCUCAAGAUGAUACAGAUAGCAAUACAAAUUGUGGUGAUGAUAAAUCUUCAAGGAGGUUUGAGUAUAUUCAUACCACCAAGAGCAUAGGAGAGAUAAGUUUGCCAGUCACAUAAAAAUUAGUUUAUUCUAUGAGAAUUUUCUAAAUUCAAAUUUUAAUUUAAAAAUUAGUUACCCAAUAAUUUUGUUUUUGUUUUUGUUUUUGUUUGUUGAAAUUCUAGUUCUUUUUGAUAUACUAUAUUCUUUGCAAGUCGACGAGUACUCAGAAUUGUACUCUUUCUUUUUUCCA